GCUCGGAACCAAUGCGUCGAGCUUUCGCCGGAGUCGGACGUUUUAGAAGUGGCCCUUUCCUGUCGCGAGUUGCGAAGAGUCGGUUCGCGAGGCUUUUGAGAGCCGAGGAUUGAGAGCUUCUUCGCGCCCGGGGGUCUGCGCCCGGCGGCCCGGCGGCCGUCACCAUGCCACAAAACGAGUAUAUUGAGUUACACCGGAAGCGCUAUGGAUACCGUUUGGAUUACCAUGAGAAAAAGAGAAAGAAGGAAGGUCGAGAGGCUCAUGAACGUUCAAAGAAGGCAAAAAAGAUGAUUGGGCUGAAGGCUAAGCUCUACCAUAAGCAGCGCCAUGCUGAGAAAAUACAAAUGAAAAAGACUAUCAAGAUGCAUGAAAAACGAAACACCAAACAAAAGAAUGAUGAAAAGACUCCACAAGGAGCAGUACCUGCAUAUCUGCUGGACAGAGAGGGACAGUCCCGAGCUAAAGUACUUUCCAAUAUGAUUAAACAAAAACGAAAAGAGAAAGCGGGAAAAUGGGAAGUCCCUCUGCCCAAAGUUCGUGCCCAGGGAGAAACAGAGGUAUUAAAAGUUAUUCGAACAGGAAAGAGAAAGAAAAAAGCAUGGAAGAGGAUGGUUACGAAAGUCUGCUUUGUUGGAGAUGGCUUUACUCGAAAACCACCUAAAUAUGAAAGAUUCAUUAGGCCAAUGGGCUUACGUUUCAAGAAGGCCCAUGUAACGCACCCUGAACUGAAAGCGACCUUUUGCCUGCCAAUUCUUGGUGUGAAGAAGAAUCCCUCCUCCCCACUUUAUACAACCUUGGGUGUUAUUACCAAAGGUACUGUCAUCGAGGUGAACGUGAGUGAGUUGGGCCUUGUGACACAAGGAGGCAAGGUUAUUUGGGGAAAAUAUGCCCAGGUUACCAACAAUCCUGAAAAUGAUGGGUGCAUAAAUGCAGUCUUACUGGUUUGACAGCAGUUUCAUAUAAGUAACUUUGUAAUUGUUGAAGACUAUACACCAAUCAGAAAAAUUCCUUUACUAUGUUUCUGAGUGCUAUCAAACAGCUUACAUCAAACAGUCUGCAGUCCUCAAGAGAAUUAUUUAUUCUAUUGUAAAGAAUAUUAAAAUGGCCCAGUUUUAUAAAUUGGCCUUUAUUUUGGGGUCUGUUUAUCAUGAAAUUGAAUGAUUAAAAAAAACAAUUAUAACAGUUUCUUACUUCAUCAAUAUUUGUAUUAAUAAGUGGGUAUUCAGCAGUGCAGAUCUUUUAUCCUAAGAGUUAAUGCACACUUAAUAUGGGGCCUAGGCUAUAAAACUAUCAUAUCUAAAACCUCACCUCAUUUAGUCAUCAUUAGUUCUAAAAAAUGUAGCACUAACACACCUAGUAAUGUUUAAGUUUAUAAAGUAUUCACAUUAAAGGCAUACGAGAAAAGGUACACUACAGUAAGUUGAAUUCAGAAGGAAUUUAGAUAAAUCUUUUCUCCCAUAAUCCUUAAUUUCUUCAGAUAGUAAAUCAGUAGUUAGUAUUUUAAACAUUUUUUUUUCCCCUCAUCAUAUAUAGUAACUCCUACUUGGAACUGUGCUUUCUAUCUGCAACAUGAAAAACACCAAAAUGUUUAUACUUUUAGCAUUUUCUGUAUUCUGAACUCAGGGUAGUAUAUUUAUAUUUUUAGAAUCUGAAAAUUUUGUUUUAAUAAUUCCAGGGGAAAAAAUGGUUUUAAAAAGAAAAAGACUGCACUGAUAACCUUAAAAGACAAAUAUAUUUGUAAUUACAUAAUAUAAAACAGAUCAUGUUUUAGGGUAACUAUCAAAGCACCUUUGUGAUAUAAAUUAUGUUUGUGGCUUUGAGUUUUAGGGUGUCUGCAUAUUAAUCUAUAAUCGUUUUAAAUUGUUUAUUUUUAAAAAUCUGUUUUGAAGGUACAACCGAUAUGAACAAAUCCAGUUUCUAAACACACCAUCAGUGAAAUUAGGGAAAAGGGAAAGAAUUUCAAAACACAGACCAAGAACAAUCACAAAAUAUAUGUUUAAUUACUACUUUUAAACUAAAAAAAAAACAACUACCAAGAAAAUUUCAGUAAGACUUGCUAUUCUAAAUACUGCAAUAUCUUUUCUAAGUACUAAAAACAAUAGGUUUGGAACACAGACAGGAAAAGAAAGGCUGGCUAGUCCUUGGGAAUGACUAUCCAGGAUAAUACAAUUACUUCACAAUGACAGAAGCUUAACCUUUCUUACGAUUAGUUUUAACAUGAUUUUGCCACAAAUAGAAAUGAAUGAUUUAGGUUUUGGAAGAUGAAAGAAAACACUGACUAAAGGUAAUAAGCACAUGAUGCUACAUAACUGAAAUUUUU